AAUAAAUAUUUAAUACAAAACAAGAAGAUACAAUUUAAGACGCCAAAAUGAAUCGUAUAGACACAACCAUGGACGAUAUGGCUAAUACCAAGUUUCUGACCCUUUACAGUAGCCUCAUUAAGCAAUUUACCGCUACGACGGAAUUUACCAACACUGAAGUCGUCUGCCUCUUAAUAAUAUACUAUAAAUUUGUACAAAUUAAUGGUCCUUCAGCCAAACAGAUGAAGAAGAAACAGAUGUAUAACUUAUUUUUAGUACUUUUCCGGAUCUAUGAUAUGAGUAUAAUAGAACGCAUAUUACUGAACAUCACAGCAGAUGUUAGCUUUAUUGGCCCUGAAGCAUGGAUGAAACUGUUUUCGGUAUUCAUGAGCAGAAACUUGGAAGAACGAAUGCAAUUUGCUUACAAGGUCUAUACGACAUCUUCUUCUGGAAUACUUAAUCGUGAAACCGUGGGCAUGGCUAUUAACAGUUUCUUUGUGGGUGAGGAUGAUGAUGAGGUUAAGGAGUUGCAAGCGGAUAUGUGUGAGUUUAUAUUCAACAAAUUUGAUUUGGACAAAGAUGGCACUAUCUCUUAUGAAGAAUAUUGUGAAGUUGUUAGUAGUCAGCCUGCUCUUCUUGAGUUUCUAGGGCAGGUAUUCCCAGAUGUAUCCGAUCUAACUAUCAUUGCAUAUUGCGGAAAUAUUGCCACCUUGUUUCCAGGUGAAGACUAAUUUAUGAGAAUAUCUUAAGCGAGAUUAAUCGAAUAACUAGUUUAUGGCAAUGGGAGCAUAAUGUCAGUCUGCUUAACGGGAAUCCCUGGAAACAUUUAUAUCAAUGCACAUUGCUCAAUAAUUUCCAAAUUCAUUUCUGCUGAUUCAAUGGUUUUAAUUUCAGUUGAAUUUUGAACAUUUUUAUAAAAGAAAAAGUUGCAGAAAUAUUUAAUUCGAGGUAACUCUAUCCAAUAUAUCCGAUGAAGAAUAUGGAUGUACUCCCUUCGAAUCUUUGUUACAAUGAAACUGUCUUAUAAUAUAGCACAUGAAAUACUUUAAUUUCAAUUUAUUUCGAUAAGUUGAAGCUGUAGUAUGUAUUUGAUGCGAAUGAAUGUAUAUUUCAGGAUAUUCAAGAUAACGAUGCGGUUUCCUUAAAAUGGUAUGGUAUUAUUGGAAUUUCAAAAUUAUUUAUUAAGUGUGGUACUGUUAAGGCUUUAAAUGCGCAAUAGAAUCAAAGAAAUGAAUGAAAUUUUGGCAAGAUUGUUAAUUUAUAUAACCAAUAAAAAUUGUUAUGUUCAUUUCAUGAAAUUAUAAUUAUCCAAACUUAUGUUGACCGUAUUAAAGCAAAUAACAUGA